GCAUACGAAGCGGCUAAGAGCGUUAGCGGACCUCACGAGAGGACUCAGACGACUUUUCGUCGCUGCCCUCCCCCCAGGCGUCCAUGGUGCUGGCGCCGCGGACGGGCGCCCACUGGGGCCAAUUCAAGUCAUGCAGGUUGUGAGGAGCGCGGCGUCUCGGCUCCUGGGGUCACGGGCUUGGCCCCCCGCGGGCAGGCUCGCGGCCCGGGGGCCGGCCGCCGCCGUCCACGCGGGCGCCCAGCAGUUGCAGGACGCGGCGGCCAAGCGGGAAGCUGAGAAGGCGGCGGCUCCGGCUCCGGCUCCGGGCCGCAGCGGCUACAGCAUUUACCCUCCAAUUCCAGGACAAGAAAGCUCCCUGAGGUGGGCAGGAAAAAAAUUUGAAGAGAUCCCAAUCGCACACAUUAAGGCCUCCUAUAACAACACACAGAUCCAGGUAGUCUCUGCCACUAAUCAGCCCCUUGCCCGCACUUCCUGUGGCACAGAGGGGUUUCGGAACGCCAAGAAGGGCACAGGCAUCGCGGCACAGACAGCAGGCAUAGCUGCCGCAGCGAAAGCUACAGGGAAGGGUGUGACCCAUGUCCGUGUGGUGGUGAAAGGCCUGGGGCCAGGGCGCUUGUCUGCCAUCAAGGGACUGACCAUGGGGGGCCUGGAAGUGAUCUCAAUCACAGACAACACACCCAUCCCACACAACGGCUGCCGCCCCAAGAAGGUUCGGAGGCUGUGAUGGGAAGGAAGCCUGCACCUGAACCUGACCUCAAGCCCCCACCUCCAGACCUCGUGGAAAGCACACUGUGGAGCUCCCUCCAGAGAGGGGCUUGUUGGAGGUCCUUCAGACAGUAAGGGACAGCUCUGCCUCACAUGGUGGCCCUCGUUGUACUUCUGACUGGAGAUCACGUGCCCAGAAGUAAGGCCAUCCUCUCUUGGACACAUGGGUAGCCAAAGGGGCAGUUGUGGCCCAGACCCCAACCAGUAAAGGCUGCCCUGUUCUAAAAAAAUAAAAGAAUAUUCUCUACCAUCUGAA